CAGAAACAAGCUUGCAGCUCUUUGAGAGUGGGACUCUUGUGUCUGGGUGCAGAGGGAGCAGAUGCAGCAGCAGAUCUGAAGAGAGAAACUGAGCUGUCCCAGCAUGACGGGAAGAACGAGUCUCCUCUUCAGCCUCAUCAUAGCAGCGUAUUUUUCUGGCAUCGCUGCUCAGACAAGAGAGUGUGAAAAUGCCACCGUGGCCGACAUCGUCUUCCUAGUCGAUGGCUCCUCCAGCAUUGGCCUUACUAACUUUCAAGAGGUCCGGACUUUUCUCCGGAACAUCGUAAGGGCCCUCGACAUCGGCCGCGACAACAUUCGGAUAGGCUUGGCUCAGUACAAUGAAGAACCUCACAAGGAGUUCCUGCUGAGGGAUCACAUGGACGAGAGGUCCCUGCUGGGUGCAGUGGAAAAAAUUCCCUACCGACAAGGAAACACGAAUACAGGAAAGGCCAUGGAGUUCCUCCUGAAAGAGUACUUCACCAAACAGGCAGGAAGCCGAAUUGAUCAACGGGUGCCCCAGAUCGCUGUGGUGCUCACAGAUGGGGAGUCAGCUGAUAAAGUGGAAGCACCCGCCCAGCAACUGAGGCAGCAUGGAGUCAUUGUGUUUGGCAUUGGGGUGGGUAACGUCAACAAGACAGAGCUUGAGACCAUUGCCAACUGGCCUCCAGAACGCUUCCUCCACACCAUCGACAGCUACCAGGCUCUGCAAAGGCUGACGGACCGCCUGCUGCAAACUGUUUGUGACUCUGUGGAGUAUGAAUUGGAAGCCUUGGCCGACAGGUACGCAGAUAUUUUCUUCCUGGUGGACAGUGGCACAACUCAAAGACAGUUCGCAACGUUCAGGGGUGACCUCAACAAAUUGAUCAAUCAACUUAAUGUCUCAGAGUCCACCUACCGUAUUGGUUUGGCCCAGUACGGCGAAUCUACCACAGUUGACUUCUUUCUCAAUACCUACGAAACUAAACAGGAGAUCCAAAAUGCUGUCAAACGUUUUCGGCUGCGCCCACAACCCAACCGAUCACGUAACCUGGGCAGUGCUCUGCAGUACGCCAAAACUCACUUUUUUACCAAAGAGGCAGGGGGCCGUGCAGACCAAGGCGCCCGACAGUACCUGGUUGUUGUGACUGGAAAAGACUCAGAUGAUCCUGUGUCUCGGGAUGCUCAAUUAAUCAAAUCAGAAGGAGUGACUCUUAUUGGGAUGAGUGCAGAUGCAGACAUGAGGGCAUUAGACGUAUUUGACUACACAUUCCCGGAUCUCAAAGUGCUUGUUCUGAAGGAUAUCAUGACGACUGAGAUAAAGGAAAGUACAACUGGAGAUUGCAAAGGAGCCAAUCUGGCAGACAUUGUGUUCAUCGUUGAUGAGUCCGGAAGCAUUGGAAACUCCAACUUCAUGCUGAUGCGCAAGUUCCUGGGGUCACUUGUGAGCAGCCUGGAUGUUGAUAAAUCCAGAGUCAGAGUGGGCAUCGUUACGUACAACAGGGUCUCAACACCGCAGGCCUUCCUUAACACGUUCAGUCACAAGGCCGAAGUCCUGCAAUUCAUCAAGCUCCUGCCUUACAGAGGAGGUGGUACGUAUACUGGAGCUGCCCUAAACUUCACGCGGAGCAACGUCUUCAUUACGGAAAAGGGCAGCAGAAAGGAUAGAGGUAUCAAGCAGGUGGCGGUGGUGAUCACUGAUGGUCAAUCCGAGGAUCCUGUGAGCGAAGCUGCAAUCAGUCUCCGUCGAGCUGGUGUCACCGUUUACUGUGUAGGAGUUGAAAAUGCCGUUGAGGAAGAACUGAAGAAGAUGGCGUCUUAUCCCCCGGACAGGCAUGUUUUUCAUGUGAAAAGUUUCACUGAGCUGAAGGUGCUGAAGCAGAGCCUGCAGAAAAUCCUGUGUGAAAACAUCAUUGAAAGAGACAUCGAAGUCAUCACAAGUGAAGACAAAACAAAAAGAGCAUGUAUACAAAAGGAUGAGGCAGACAUCUACUUCCUAAUGGACGACUCAGGAAGCAUUGGGAACCAAGACUUCCAAGAAAUGAAGGACUUCAUCAUCAAGUUUAUUAAAACCUUCCAUAUUGGGCCAGAUAAUGUCCGUGUGGGGCUUGUUAAAUAUUCUGAUGAUCCACAUAUGCAAAUUGAUAUGGCAGAAUAUUCAGAUGUCCAGUCACUGGAGGAAGCCGUUGAGGGUAUUAGUCACGAUGGAGGUGGGACAGAGACAGGAAAAGCCCUAUCAUCCAUGGCCCAGCGCUUUAAGAGAUCAGCUCGGGAUCACAAAGUCCCAGAGUACCUGAUUGUCAUCACAGAUGGGGAAUCCACUGAUGAUGUCAGUGCUCCUGCAGCAGAACUGAGAGCGCAGGGUAUCAUCAUCUAUGCCAUCGGCGUGAAAGACUCAAAAGAAGAUGAGCUGAAACAGAUUGCCAGCGACCCCAAGAAGGCUAUCUUUGUCAACAAUUUUGAUGCCUUGAAAUCCAUCAACAAGGACAUCAUCAUAGACAUCUGCUCUGAAGAUGCUUGCAAGGAGGUACAAGGCGACAUCUUCUUCUUAACUGACAGCUCUGAGAGCAUUUCUGAAGAAGGCUUCAAGGCAAUGAAAGAGUUCAUGAAAUCUGUCAUCAGCAAGACCGACAUCGGGCAGAGCAAGGUGCAUGUUGGUGUCAUGCAGUUCAGCACCAAUUACAAUCUGGAGUUUCGCCUUGACCAACACUACAACGCAGAUGACAUUGCGAGUGCCAUUGAUGGUAUGCAGCAGAUGAAUGAAGGCACACUCACAGGGAAGGCCAUCACUGAGGUGUCACAGUACUUUGAUAAAAACAGAGGAGGGCGUCCUGAACUGACUCAGAGGUUGAUAGUGAUAACAGACGGUGAAGCCAAAGAUAAGGUUGCCGGCCCCGCUGAGGCUUUGAGGAAUAAGGGAGUGGUGAUCUACACCAUUGGUGUGAUGAGCGCCAACAUGACCCAGCUGCUGGAGAUCAGCGGUUCAUCGGAGAGGGUGUAUUCUGAGAAGGACUUUGAUGGGCUUAAGGACUUGGAGAGCAAGGUGGCCUUGAAGAUCUGUGAGAAAGAAUGUGUGAUAGAAAAAGCUGAUGUCAUUUUCCUGGUGGACAGCUCCAAAAGCAUAGAUUCAACACAGUAUCAAAGCAUGCGCAGGUUUAUGGAGAAAAUAGUGAACCAAACCACGGUUGCCAGGAACCUGACUCAGUUUGGGCUUAUUUCCUACUCUGAUAACCCCAUGUUACAUUUUGCUCUGAAUACCUAUGACUCAAAACGAAAAGUCCUUGAUGCAAUACCAAAGGUAAAGCCACCACAAGGAGACACCUACACAGGGAAGGCCAUGGAAUUCUCAUUAAAAUACUUUGGCGCUGAAUAUGGUGGCCGGAAAGGCGUGCCACAGAUUCUCAUGGUGAUCACAGACGGGGAAGCCACCAACCCUUACAACUUAAAGGGGCCAUCUGAUAAACUACGACAGAACGGGGUCAUUGUCCUCAGUAUUGGAGUGAAAGACGCAAAAAGGGAUGAACUGCUGACGAUGGCUGGUGGCGAUGAGUCCAAAGUCUUCCAAGUGGAAGAUUUUGCAGCUCUGGAAGCUCAGUACAAGAAAAUAACUUCUAUCCUCUGCAAUAACACUAAGCCAGAUUGCAAGGUUGCUGACCUGGUCUUCCUACUUGAUCGGUCUAGCAGCCUCAACCCAGAUGAACACAAAAUCAUGAAAACCUUCACGGAAGACCUAGUGAACAAAUUUAAUGUCAGUAAAGAAGCUGUGCAUGUUGGACUCGCACAGUUCAGCACAUUGCCGCAUCAUGAGUUUUACCUCAUGGACUUCCUCCAGAAGAAGCCUUUGUCUGAAAAGAUCAAACAAUUAGAAUACACCGGUGGAAACACCUACCUUGCAGAGGGCCUGAGGCACAUUAGUAAAUACUUUGACGUGCGGUUUGGCAGUCGUGAUGAGGUCCCCAAGAACCUGGUGGUGAUCACAGAUGGCGAUGCUCAUGAUUUGGAUGAAGUGGAGGAUGUGGCCGAAAAUCUAAAGAACAAGAAUAUUGAGAUGUUUGCCAUCGGUGUUGGAGACGUCCACCCCCUGCCACUCCUGCAGAUCACUGGUGACCCAGAGAGACUGUUUACUGUGCGGAACUUCAAUGGCUUAACACAUAUCAAGCAAAAGGUGAUCGAUGUCAUGUGUGAUCAACCUCCUACUCCCCCUACUCCUCCUCCUCCCCCUGUUACCUUCACUCCCCCUCCGAUCUAUACGACCACCCCAAUCCCAACUAAACCCCAAAUAAUAGAUUGCACCAUUGAUAUUGCCAUGGGAUUUGAUAUUUCUCAAAGAACUGGAGCUCCGGGUGAGAUGCUGAUCAGCGGCCACGCCAAGCUCCAGACCUUCCUGCCAAAGAUUGCCUAUUAUGUUUCUUCAGUACAAGACCUGUGCUGUGCUCGCCAGAAAACUAUCAAGACCAACAUCGCCUUCCAAGUGGUAGAUGUUGAUGGAUCUUCCUUGUAUGACACAAACUUCGAAGAAUACAAUGAGGAAGUGGUGAAUAAAGUCAUGGGCUUGCGAAUAUCUCAACCCACAUAUUUCAACAGUGCCCUGCUGAAUGUCUUCAAGAAGAAGUUCAGGCUCAGAUCCCAGGCUCGUGUGAAGGUGCUGGUGAUCUUCUCAGAUGGACUCGAUGAAGACACGAUGAAACUGGAGUCUGUAUCAGAGGAGCUGCGGAAGUCUGGGGUCAGUGCUUUGCUGACUGUGGCUCUAGAGGGUGUGCGUGACCCCGCCCAGCUGCAGAUGGUGGAGUUUGGCCGAGGAUUCGGCUACAACCUUCCUCUCAGCAUCGGUAUGCCAAGCGUCGGCAGCACCAUCCUCAAUCAGAUCGACGCGGUGGCAAAUAGGAUAUGCUGCAACGUCACUUGCAAAUGUACAGGUCAUGAAGGCAUGCGUGGCUUUCCAGGAAAACCGGGACAAAAGGGUAGGCCUGGACAGAAGGGCCAGUCGGGCUUCCCAGGAGAGGAAGGAGUCGCUGGUGAACGAGGGCCUCCUGGACCAAGUGGACCUCCGGGCAUCGAGGGCUGUCCUGGGCCCAGAGGACAGAAGGGCUUCCGAGGAGGUUCAGGCGACAGGGGCGAAGAUGGAGAGGACGGAGUGGAGGGAAUCAACGGAGAGCAGGGACUGACGGGACUCGAUGGAGCUCGAGGAGAGAAAGGAGAUCCAGGAAACCCAGGUAUCACAGGAAUCACUGGGGAGCCAGGGCAGAAAGGAGAGCGAGGACUAAGAGGAGAUCCGGGUGAACGGGGAGCUGAUAACAACAAGCCAGGACCUAAAGGAGAGCCUGGGAAUCCAGGUUUGCCGGGUUUGACUGGACCGGACGGGCUGCCAGGUGGUGACGGAGAAGUCGGAGACCCGGGUCCAGAUGGAAGAAGAGGCUCUCCGGGUGGGAAGGGUUUACCAGGAGAUCCAGGUGAUCCAGGACUUCCUGGCAGCCCAGGUGCUGCUGGUCCGCAGGGACGCAGAGGGGGACCCGGUGAUCGCGGCCCAAAAGGAAUCAAUGGUUCUCCUGGACCUCAGGGACCACAAGGAUCACCUGGAGACAAGGGAUCAGCUGGACGCCGUGGCCCUAAUGGACAGAAGGGCCAACCAGGAGAGCCGGGUGUUAAGGGAGCUCCGGGAUCAGAGGGACCCAGAGGGAUGCCGGGUGAGGACGGCAGAGACGGAUUCGGACCUAAAGGAUCCAAGGGUGUCAAGGGAGAUCCUGGUUUCCCUGGUUACCCCGGUCUUGCGGGUGAGGACGGUCAGAAGGGAACUAUAGGAUAUCCAGGACGUAAAGGGAACCAAGGUCGAGGGGGGAACUCAGGCAGGACGGGAGAUCCAGGCCCACCUGGAGACAAGGGAGCUCAAGGACACAGGGGUCCCAAAGGUCCUCCUGGAGAGAGAGAGCCUCUCCUAAGUGAGUGCGAGCUGGUCACGUUAAUCAGAGACAACUGUCAAUGUUGCACUGGUGAUAAAGACUGUCCAGCCUACCCCACCGAGCUGGUGUUUGGUCUGGACAUGUCGGGGGACGUGACCGAGACAGACUUCGACAACCAGCGAAAAGCCCUUGUCAACCUGCUGGAGGACAUCAACAUCUCUGAGAGCAACUGUCCGAACGGCGCUCGUGUCGCUGUGGUGGGUUACGACGCCAGUGUCACAUACCUGAUCCGCUUCCAGGAUUACCACCGCAAGAAAAAGCUGAUCGAAACUGUGAAGAACCUCCGCUGGGACUCAGUGCCUGAGCGGCGCAACCUGGGGGCCGCCAUGCGCUUCGUGGCUCAUAACCUCUUCAAACGAGUUCGUGCAGGAGUGAUGAUGAGGAAGGUGGCUGUCUUUUUCUCCAAUGGGCCGUCACAGGAAAGUUCUGAAAUUGUCACCGCCAUGAUGGAGUACCGGGCCCUCAACAUCGUCCCAGUGGUCAUCUCUCUGCGUAACGCUCCGGCUGUUGAACGAGCGAUGGAGGUCGACGACACAAGAAACUUCGUCUAUACAAUGAUGGGACGGGACAUGGCUGCAGACCUGCAGAAGGUCAAGGACUGUGCAAUCUGUUACGACCCCUGUAGGCGUUCACAGUUGUGCACCUUCAUCCAGGAUGUCCCAGCUCCUCAGGAAGUCAACAUGGACCUGGUGAUGGUGUUGGACAGCUCCAGGGAGAUACAGGCUGAUGAGUAUGCCGGCGCCCAGCAGCUGCUUGGCUCUGUGGUGCAACAGCUGGUCGUGAGCCCACAGCCCCGCAGGGCCGGCAGACAGGCCCGUGUGGCUGUAGUCCAACAGAGCGGCACCCGAAAGCCCAAGGUGGAGUUUGGACUAGGCACCUACCAGAACCACAACCUGAUGAGGAGCCACCUGCUGCGGAACAUGACGCAGCAGGGCGGCUCCUCGGCGCUGGGACAGACGCUGGAGUUCACCCUGAGGGACGUGCUCCUGAAGGCCGGCCAGCCCCGGAGGAGGAGGGCGAUGCUAACCGUGGUGGGCACCCGCGCGGCUUCUGAGGACCAAGCCCGGCUGCGCUACAUCUCCCAGAAGGCCAAGUGUGAGGGGGUGGCGCUGUUUGUGGUGACAGUCGGCGAUCGCUACGACCAGGCGCAGGUGGAGGAGCUGGCCGGUUUGCCUGUGGAGCAGCACCUGAUCCACGUGGGCAGACUGAGGCCUGGCGAGCAGGACUACGCCCAGCGCUUCUUCAGAGUCUUCCUCUCCACCCUCACACUGGGGACGAACGCAUAUCCUCCUCCUUCACUGAGACAGAUGUGCAGCCAGCUGAGGGAGCCACAAGAGGCUCUAGCAUUUGAAAACGGUCAGGGGUCAGCAGACCUACAGAUGGAUUUUGCGGAGGAGUUUGAGGAGCAGAGAGGAGGAGAGACUCAGUCUAGACACCGGGACGUCGUUGAAACGUUGACCAAAGAAGACAGCCUGAGUUCCCUCUCAGGAGCUGAAGUCAAUGAACCUGUCAUCCUGCCGGCGCCGGAGACGACCACUGCCAUCCCCAAAGACCCCUGUCUCCUCAGCCAGGACGCCGGCGGCUGCCAGAACUACACCAUAAUGUGGUUCUUUGACAGUGACAAGAGUAGAUGCUCUCGCUUCUGGUACGGCGGCUGCGACGGCAACGAAAACCGCUUCAAGACUCAGGAGGAUUGUGUGAAACUCUGUCUGACAAGGAAGCGAUUAAGAAGAGGAGGAGCAGCAAGACGUUUCACAGGAUAUCGCCGGAGCGGUUAAAGGAAACUGCCACUUUGCACUUAAAGCAAAACAGGAAAAAUCUUCCAAAAGCACCUGCACCUUCAAGGAAAAAUACCAAGGCGACCUCACAGAGGGUUGAAAAGCGUUCACUCACAGCUCAGUGCAAACCAGAACACAUCAGGGAAAGAUCAACAUGUUCCAGAAUCUCAACAGAUGCUUAUUGAAUAGUUUUCCUCAUGACAAGUUGCCUUGCAUUGGUUUCCUUGAACAUGCAUGUUUUGUUUUUCCCUAAAAAGAGCAUCUUCUUUUCCAGUUUUUUUAAUGUUACUGUUUGUCACCACCUGGUGUUUUACACUUGUUAACUGUCUGUUGGACAUUGAUUCUACCUUCUACUGUACACGACUGAGCGCUGUGCUGCUUCUUUCAGGAUAUUUUCGAUUUUUCAUGAGAUCAGGUGCUAUUUCUGAGAGAAGAUAAAUUGUUGCAGGUCAAAAAACAGAACAAAUACAACUGAAAUGAAGGUCACAUGAUUCAUCUGAAUUUAGCAACAUUUCUUCAGUAACACACUAUCAUUUUAUAUUUUGUACUAGUUUCUAUUAAAAUGAAUAUUUCAAAUACA